AAGGAGCUCAAUCAACCACCAUUUGAUUCAUCUUGCACUGUGAUUAGGCGACUGAGCAAAUUUUCCAUUCUGAUCCAUUGGCUUAGUUUUUGAGGAAUUGAGGCCCAAUACAGUUGCUGCUGAUUGGCGAGAUAGGUUUUUUGGUGAUGGUGACAUUUUCGUGCAAGAUGGGGUGGUAGAAGUAUGGUCUCGUAUCGAGUCCAGUCGAACUUCGUUAAAAUGGAAAUCGCAUGCUAAAUCAGGUUAACCUUUGCUGUGUCCCAGUAGUAAGCGGGCCGGUAAGAAUCAUGCGGCAGAUACGGCAACAUUGUUCAAAAGCCGACAUAAAGCCGGCUGGCGCAUGCUUGGAUGUUAGUUGUUCGUAUGCGAUGUGGUGAGAACUCACGAUGACUACAGAGCAAUCAGUUCCGAGUUCCGCUGCCAGGUGAUAACAAGCGCGUUGCGGCUCAUAGAGGUGACUUGACUGUGCACAGAAACUAAACCAGAUGACGAUGACAACAUGAGCGUGAACAACACGGAGGGUCAACCGCAGCCGGAUUCUGAUCCCGAGAGGAACAACAUGUAUCGCCGCAUGACAGUUUUAGCGGACUCAAAAAAAUCGCCGCUUCUGCCUCUGGUUAAUAUUGAUGCAGAAAAUUACAUGUUGCGAGAAAUUAACCGGCCGGUUUCCAUAACUCCUGCGUUAAGGACAUCAGAACUGGCUUCUUCCCUGGACAGUGGGAUUGACGGUGAAGGCAUCGUCAAUGGUCAUUUGGACGAGCCGGACGUCGAACUCCCUGAUGAUUCUCAAUGUCUCAAUGCUCCAUAUCCUGACUUCUUUUACGGCCUAAAUUUGGAGGCUUGCCUCACCUCAUCUCCAAGUUCAAACAGUUGCGCUCGUUUACUCUCAUUCCACCACAAACUCUGUUCUUGUGACAACAAAUGCUGCUGUACAUGUGCUACUUCUUGUUCCAUAGAUUGCCAUGCUUGCUACCACAAUUACUGUGCCCGAUUUUUCGUCCACUAUCUCUGCCGAAAAGAUUCCAGCGAAUUACCUCCAGCAACUUUAGACUACGAUAAGCCAAUAUGCGAAUGGCUUUCAUCACACGUUGUCGAAUGGAUGGCUGCCAUCAAUCUCCAUCCUUAUACGGAGCUGUUCAAAUGCAAAGACGUGAAAGGAGGAGAUUUGGCACAUCUGGAUCGAGAAAAACUACUAGCAAUGGGUAUAAAAGACGAAUUCCACCAGGCGGCAAUGCUGGCUGCGAUCGCUGAGCUUCUCAACAAGAUAGAAGAUCGACAAACUGAAUUGAGCGAAGCACCUGAAAGCAACAAUGCUCCUGCUCAGGGAUUUCCGCAUAGCUUAUUGCAGCAUAGCUUCAGUAGCUUGAAAAAAUGCGACAAAUGUAAUAAGUAUUUGCGAGGGCUGUUCCAUCAAGGCUUUAUAUGUACAACAUGCGGACUGGUGGCCCAUCGAACCUGUGUGGCGACUGGUUUAGUAUCUUGUUCAGGAAAACCACUGGAUGAAGGACGGAACUCGUUCUUGCAAUUUCGAUCUUAUUUUGGACAAGGGCUUUGCGUUCAAUUUAAAUGUUCACCAACCACUCCAGCACCUCUUCUUCUUGUGAAGUGUGUUAAAGCACUAGAAGCCAUUGCGAAAGACAACACUAGUCUGGAAUUGUAUAAUAUCUACAGUGCCACUCCGCCUGCCGAUCAGGUGAAUAAGUUGGUGAAAAUAAUCGACAGUGAUAUAAACAGCCUGGAUUUGAGUUCAGCAAGUGCAGUAACCAUAGCUGGAUUAAUAAAAAAAUAUUUGCGUGAACUACCAGAUCCGCUAAUUCCGGUCCAAUGGUAUGACCGAUUUUUGGAAGCUCAAAAGCGAAAAAGCGAUGAAGAAUGCACUUCGGUUCUGAAACAACUUCUUGAACAAUUGCCCGAACACCAUAUGUCAACCCUACACUUUAUCAUGGCCCAUUUAUGCCGAAUAUGUCAGAUGGAAUUCGCUAGAGGGAACAAGAAUCCUCCAGCCGUCCUUACUCAAGUUAUGUGCCACAUUUUCAUGAGACCUCCAUGGGAUCGAAUUAUACAAGUGGUGUACAACACGCAAGCUCACAAUAGAAUAAUAGAAAUUCUGCUCAUGCACUGUGACUGGGGAGAAGUGGUUCCAGAAUUUGCAUCAGCCCCCGCAAUACCGCCCCGAAAGGUGUCCGGUCGCAUGGGAACCAGCCUUCCCAUUCGGGUGUCGGAAUCAUCUAGUCAUUCAGAGAAAGAGAAGAAAAUGGAACUGCAAGAUGCAGAGUGGUAUUGGGGCGAUAUUAAGCGAGAAGUCGUCAACGAGUUGCUAAACAAUACAGUUGAUGGUACAUUUUUAGUGCGCGAUGCAUCGAGCAAGGGCGGGGAGUAUACAUUAACCCUCAGAAAAGGAGGUGCUAAUAAGCUAAUUAAAAUUUGCCAUAGCAAAGGGAAGUAUGGGUUUACAGAGCCAUACAAGUACAAUUCUGUAGUCGACCUCAUAAAUCACUUUCGCAACGUUUCGUUGUCUCAAUAUAACACGUCUUUGAACAUCAAACUUCAAUUCCCUGUUAACAGGAACAACCAAGAGGAAGAGCAAGCAAUAUUGGAACGAACUGACAAGCUGAAAACUAAGCUUGAGCAAAUCCAUAAAAGUUUGGUCGAAAAGCAAAAAGAAUGCGAACGUGUAUCUAAAGAUUUUAAUGAAACUUGUCAAGAUGUUCAAACGCGACGUCUUUCCCUCAACGCUUUUCGCGAAUUAGUGAGGGUGUUUGAAAAGCAGACUUUAAUCCAAGAGAAAUUUCAGAACGAAGCCCAACCACAUGAGAUUAAAACUUUGGAGGUUAAUGCAAAGUUAUUAAAACAGCGAUUAGGCUUAAUGAUUGAUAGUUGCGAACAACUUGAAAAAAAUCUGCAAAGUAGACAAGCGUACAACCGAAGCCUGGAACGAGAACUAAAUUCCCUCAAACCCGAAAUUCAGAAUUUGCGUCGUGAGAGGGAACAAUUUAUUCGAUGGCUUUUGCAGCGCGGAGUGAAGCAGACCGAAAUCAAUAAUUUAAUCAAUUGGAAUGAAGACGAUACGAUAGCAGAAGUUGAAACUGACGUGGAUUCUAUGCCUCAUAAUGAGCAAGCGUCAUGGUUUAUGCCAGAUUCGACCCGAGAACAGGCUGAGGAUUUAUUAAGCGGCAAGCCAGAUGGGACAUUUCUGAUCAGGAAGUCCAGUAACAAACCGAAUUUUGUAUUAGUUGUUAAUUGUAAUGGAACCCCUAAUCACUGCAUAAUACACCAAACGGAAAAAGGGUUCGGUUUUUCAGAACCCUACAACAUAUAUCCAACCCUCUUAGAGUUGGUAUUGCAUUAUGCCACAAAUUCUUUAGAAAUUCACAACGAUCUACUAACCACUGUAUUGAAACAUCCCGUUGGUUCCAUUAACGCGUCGCCUAGUGGUGAAGGUACUUAGGCCUACGGAUUUGGGUUGUUUUGUGAUACACGCUGUGGUGACUAUCAAUUUUCUUGUGAUGGAAUUUUAAGUUGCUUAUGGAUGAAUGAAGAACUCUAUGUCUUAAAAAUAUAUUUACAUACAAGACUAGUAAUUACGUAUUAAAUCGCCAUGAUUUAUAUUGACUGUGAUAGUUUACUAAAGAAAAGUUAAAACCUUGGCAUGGCUGAAACAAGUGAAGUGGAAAGAAGUAAACGCAGAAAGACACAUUUAAGAAAUGACCAUUUUACAGCAUGUCAUUUCCCAGGAACAAUUUUCAAAAUGAUCUGUUUAAAGUAUUUUAUACUUUUUAACUAUAAAAUGUAAUUGCUUGAAAGCAUUGUAGAUAGAUAUUUGUGAUCUGUGUAUUUUUUGUCAUACUUGUGCAAUGGUUCAAUUGUGAAAUUAACAGAUUAAUUUUCUUGUCAAAAUGAUAGUCAACCUUUAUAUUUUUAUCUUUUUACCUUCAUGCAUUUGGAGUAUAAUAUGAUGAUAUAUAGUGGCCAUUUUAUUUUUAUAUUGAAUUUCAGAUACAAUUUGUUUGUAAAACAUUCACAUAUGAAGUUACAUUACUUUAUUGUCUUAUUGUAAAUGUAUUGUAUGCUUAUCAAUUAUUAAAAAUGUAGGGAAAGAUAUAUGUACAUUUUCCAGUAUUACGGAUAAAUAUACUUUUUUGGGAAUUACUGAUAACAAUUUAUUUAUGUCGUUACAGUAUCCCAGUGAUUAAAAGGCUGUACAGCUUCAAAAAUUGUGUAGGUCAGCUUGAGAAUUUUUACGGAAACUACAAGAAUAGCUGUGCUUCCUUAAUUUUAGUUGUGACCACUUUUUGUACUAUUUAUAGCAAUUGUUAUUCUGGCUUUUUAAAAAUGAUUUUAUACUUUUGUUACGGAAUUGUAAUAUCUCUGCAAUGCAGAGUUUAUGUAGAAUGUAUUUUUUUCUUUAAUUUGCAAAUUUUUAUUAAUUUAAUCGUUUUCUGUGAGAUAAUAAACAGGUUUUCGAAAAUUUUUAACAGCUUGUAUCAUUUUGGUAUACAUGAUAGAUGAUCAUAUUUAAUUUUAUUUUAACCAGAAAAACCUGUUUUGACGUUUUUUUUCCAAUUUUCACAUAGUUUUAAGCUGUUUAGCAACAGCAAAUAAAGUAACGUUAAAUGUGAUCAUUUCGUGGGAGACUUGACCACAUCUAUGAUAGAUGAUACUAAAUAGUUUUACUCUAACUAGUCAAUAUGCAUUUUAACAUCAAUACGCACAAUAUUACCACGUAAAUUCGGCAAAAUUACUUGCCAAGUCCUCAACAUACAGAUAAUCUUACAAGACUUAUAUUUUUUAAACUAGUACCAAGAGCAACUAGCGUAUUGAGAAUUGUAACAAAACUAGCAAGAUAAGAAAAGAGGAAUACUUAUAAACCACUUGGCCCAACUGUAUAAUUCCUAGAUCUCUUCUUUGUUUUCAAGGAACUGAUUAGAUUCUAAAUAGUUUGAGUCGAGUGUUCUAUCGGAGAUGCCUUCAUUAUUGUUGAAAAAAAAUUAGAAAAAAAUUCCAAAUAUAUUGAUGUUACUGACACUGAUUUUAUCAUCAAAAGUAUUCCUUCUUAUAGAACGCUUGACCUCAAUUAUUGCAUUCUUUUUUCUUGAGCUGAAUACUAUGUAUGUAAUAGCUAUUUCAUGUCAUUGUCGAUGGACUUUUUACGAACGCUUAUCUCAUUUUAAUGUUGUUACGAAUCAUCAUCUUUUAAAUAUUGUGUGUUAUCCAUCAGAAAAUGGAAUAAAUAAAAAUGUAGAACUAGAACAUACAUGUUGGCUUUAGAUUUUGUUACUGGAAUAUGUCGAAGAUUGUUGUGUUUAGCUGUAUUUAACAAUAAUUUUCGUCGUAUUUCUAACUCCCCAAAUUGAAAAUGUGACAUUUGUGCAAAACGCAAAACUAAUAGUCGUAAAUUGGAUUUUAUUGUUGCAUUUUAACGCAAAUAAAAUUUCGAAUGUCGGGUCUCCUAAGUAAGAAUAGUAGUGGAUUCUAUGAUCUCAAAUCAAUGUAAAUGUAUAUGUAAAGUCGUAUUGAUUUAAACAAUUAUUUGUAAACGAAAUUUACAUGGGAGACCUUAAAUUCAUUCAAAAUACUUCUUUUCUGUAUAUAUAAGCUUAUUGUGAUAAUUUAAAAUUCCGAUGGGCGAGUGUUCAGCCUCAGAAAUGUCACAUUAGGUAUAUAUUCAGCUUUUAGCGAAACGGUUACAGAGCGAGACCAUUAUUGUAUCAAUUUAAGAUGUAUGUUGGCUCUAAUGUUUUCACGUUCAUUAUAACUCAACUGUUUUUAUUUCACAUGAAUUCACCAAUAAAAAUUGGAAAAUA